AUGGAGGCCUCGGGCUGCUGCUGCUGCUUACUGCUCUCCCUCCUCCUAUUCUCUUCCUUCUCAUCAUUCUCUUCAGCGCUGUCGAAUGCUGAAGCCAACUUCAUCGCCCGUCGCCAGCUUUUAUCGCUCCCCAAGGAUGGCGAUUUACCCGAUCAAUACGAAUUUGAGGUGGUUUUGAAUGUAACUUUUCCCAAUACCAGGCUUAGACGUGCAUACAUUGCGCUCCAAGCAUGGAAGGAGGCAAUCUACUCGGACCCUUUUAACAUCACGGGGAAUUGGGUUGGUUUCAACGUUUGUGCUUACAAUGGUGUUUUCUGCUCUCGGGCUCUUGACGACCCGACGCUCACUGUUGUGGCUGGCAUUGAUCUUAACCACGCUGACAUCGCCGGGUACAUUCCGGUCGAGUUGGGUUUGUUGACAGAAAUUGCUUUGUUCCACAUCAACACCAACAGGUUUUGUGGGAUCAUUCCCAAGACAUUCUCGAGGCUUACGCUUCUUCACGAGCUUGAUGUCAGCAACAACCGGUUCGUGGGUCUGUUCCCUACGGUUGUCAUGGGUAUUCCAAAUCUAAAAUACCUUGAUCUUAGGUUCAAUGAUUUUGAGGGUGAGCUGCCUCCUGAGCUCUUCAACAAGGACUUCGAUGCUUUGUUCUUGAACAAUAACCGGUUCACAUCCACCAUUCCUGACACUCUCGGAAACUCCCCUGCCUCUGUUGUGGUGGUUGCCAAUAACAAUCUCAAGGGCUGCAUUCCAAGCAGCAUUGGAAAAAUGGCCGGCACAUUGAACGAGAUUGUUUUCCUGAACAAUGACCUCACCGGAUGCUUGCCAGCCGAGAUUGGCUUGCUUGGAAACGUGACGGUCUUGGACAUCGCCUCCAACACAUUCACUGGAAUCUUGCCGAAGUCUUUCAAAGGGCUUUCCAAUGUUGAGGAGCUCGAUAUUGCGCACAAUACCCUAACAGGGUUUGUUCCUGGGAACAUUUGCCGUCUGCCUAGCUUGGUCAACUUCACUUUCUCCUACAAUUACUUCAACGGUGAGGCCCCAGAAUGCGAGCCGCAGUCUAGGAAGGACGCUGUGUUGGAUGACACGAGCAACUGCUUACCGGAAAGGCCGAAACAGAAGUCUCCAAGAGUUUGCGCUCCGGUGGUGAGCCGACCGGUUGAUUGUAGCAAGGCCAAGUGUGGAGGACCAAAGACUCCAAAGCCGUAUCGACCUCCUCCACCAGCUCAGCCCUCGACCCCAUCACCUAAAACUGCUCCUUCACCACCACCCCCACCACCGCCGCCAGUUCACUCCCCACCACCCCCACCUGUUCACUCUCCUCCACCACCUCCAGUUUACUCUCCACCACCACCGGUCCACUCCCCCCCAUCCCCGGUUCACUCUCCACCACCACCACCCCCAGUUCACUCACCACCACCACCAGUUCACUCUCCACCACCAACACCACCACCCCCAGUUCACUCUCCACCACCACCAGUCCACUCACCACCGCCACCACUACCGGUUCACUCACCACCACCACCGGUUCACUCUCCACCACCACCAGUCCACUCACCACCACCUCCAGUCCACUCACCACCACCACCACCAGUCUUUUCACCCCCACCACCGGUUCACUCUCCACCACCACCACCAGUCCACUCACCAUCAUUACCACCACCGGUCCGUUCUCCACCUCCACCAGUCCAGUCACCACCACCACCUCCAGUCCACUCACCACCACCGCCACCACCGGUCCGUUCUCCACCUCCACCUGUUCCCUCUCCACCGCCACCUUCCCCAUCUCUUUCACCUCCUCCUCCUACGGGAGACGUGGCUCUACCCCCGAUCAUUGGCUCCGACUACCAAUCGCCGCCUCCACCAACGUUCUCAGGGUACUAA